AUACCAAACAAGAUAUGGUUCUCAUAUAAUAGGAUGAUACUUUAAAUAUUUAUCUGUAAAUGCGAUUUAAGGUAAUCAAUUCUGAUUGACCUCGGUAUAACUUCCGGUUUUAAGUAAACAGUCGGGCUCUGUCAAAAAUGAAAUGACAGGAGUAACAGUGCCUAUAGGGUACAAACACCGACCGCUGAGGCUGAUGGAUGGCUGUGACACGUAUGGUGCCUCCUUCGGAAACACUGACCAUGACCUGGUGAUCAUUAACCUUUGACCUCUGUUGUAACCAUGAUGAUUGCAACAGAGCAAGCCAUAACCCCUGAGGCUGAUAAGGGGAUGUUUGAUUGGGCGUACAAUGGGGUAAACUUUGACCUUGCUGGAAAUGGUGGAGAGAAAUGCCGGAACUUUAUUGUGUUAUUUCAAAGAAUAUUAGAGAGUAUAUUUGCGUGUGUAGUAGCAGGAUUUAUGAUCUACCCAUCGUUAAUGCGUCUGACUCUUCCAAAAAAGGUGACGCCCCUCGAGAAAACAGACAGAUGUGGGAAACGCAUUUUAUUAGUGGUCAUGUGUUUGACUUUCGGAAUUGAACUUGGAUUCAAGCUAGCUACAGGACAGAUGAUUUACACGCUAAAUCCUUGUCAUAUCGUUACCAUUAUUCAGAUCUACUGUUUGGCAGCACCUCCUACGCGGUCAUUAACCGUGAUAUUCCGGCUCCAUCUUCACCUGCUGACUGGAGCACCUAUCGCCCUCCUGUUUCCUGUCACCAAUACAAGACUUUUACCGUUUGAAGUACACACCUACUAUAUACAACAUACCUUGAUGCUGGUCAUCCCCAUAUACUUACUAACGAUAGGAGGGGUAUACACAGCGGAACCUUUCCGUGAUGUCAACUGGUCUUUUAUAGCUACCGGCCUGCAGUAUAUAUACCAUUUUAUACCACUUCAGUUAUUAGCCUAUGUUUCACUUGUAAAUCUAAAUAACAUGAACUGUCCGGCUUACACCGAUCCAUUUUACGGCCAGUGGUAUCACCUCUGGUCCAUGCUCCACCAGGCUGUCAUGAUCCCGUUGUUCGGCAAGCUCUGCGUGUGGAUUGUCAUCAAAUUUGGAUACACACAUCAGCUCAACGUAGAGGAACAAUUAAUAUUCCAGGGAAACACAGCCAAAGCCAACGGCUGUAUACAAAAACAAUGUAGUCAUAUCAGAGAUACUAGUGACUAUUCAAUAGGAGAACAGCAAAACAAUGGCAAACAGACUAUAAGUGGAGAAAACGGCAGCGUGUCGCAUGACGUACAUGUACGUCAGUCUAAUAACGGCCAUGUUAAAAGUACUUAAUGAUUUUUGUUAAUGAAUUGCACUUUAUUGAGUCAUCUGUGAUUAUUUUGUAAACAAUACACUGUUAAAGGAGACACCAACCUUUUACUCCUCCUGUCACUGUAUUGGUGUAUUUAUAUGUCCUGUCUCUGUGGGCAUAAUUUUGUAAGUCACUGCUUACUCUAGUCCUGUGUGUCAGAAUAUUUCUGUAGGUCCUUACUGUGUCAGAAGCUUUGUGUAGGUCUUUACUGUGUCAGAGGCUUUAUGUAGGUCCUUACUGUGUCAAAAGCUU